CCACAUUCGAACCAUUUGAGAUAAUAGAGAAGGAGAGAGCCACACACUUCAAGAGAGAGGGGAAGAAAGAAGCUGGCCGCAGGUUCGUUUUCCAGUAGAUAGGGUUGCUUGUUUGAUCCAUAACUUGAGUUUCACUCGUCCAAAUAAGUCGUAUAAGAUACCAAAAGAAAUAUCUCAAGACGAGGAAUCCGUGAAGGUCUAGUUUGCAUCAAUCGGAGUAGUGGAAGGCUUCCAAAUCGUCUGAGCAAAACACAACCUCGUAGAAACGGAUUUACUCUCCUAAAGUUGAGGCUAGAGCUUGCUUCCUGUACUCGUUGCUCGAGUGAUUUCCCCGGGGAGAAGACUUGGUUCGUGAUUCCUCCACUCUAUUUUAUAACAUUAAUGAACAUGCUCAUGGAUAUUUUACUACAGAGCCUGCGUGCUCGUGAAUAGCCCUGUGUGGACAUUUUAUUUUAAACAAUGUUUCCGCUGCAUUAUGAAUUACUUAUUAUGGUUGUUUAUGGAUGUUAUAUGUGUGAAUGAUAUUCAAGACGCUUUGUAUGAUAUGAAUGUGUUUGACUUUGGUUGACUAUUCGUAUUGUACGGCGGGUUGUUGACGUGUCUGGACAGGUCCGGGGCGUGACAGUACAUGACAAUGAACUCGAAGGACUGCAUCGAUGUUGUUGCCGCUGCAACAAACGAUGUGAAUUUGUGGCACUGUCGUCUCGGUCACAUGAACGAAAAGGGGAUGAAGGAGUUGUGCUCGAAGGGCAAACUGUCCGGCCUGAAGACUAUUGAGGUUGGCUUAUGCGAGGGCUGCAUAUUCGGGAAACAGAAACGUGUCAGUUUCUCGAAGGUAAGACGAGCUAUCAAACCGGAGAAGCUGGAACUAGUUCACACCGACCUUUGGGUACCUGCAGAAGUUACAUCCUUGGGAGGAUCCGCCUGCUACAUGACCUUCAUUGAUGAUGCCACACGAAAGGUAUGAGUUUAUUUUCUCAAAAAUAAAUCUGAUGCCUUUGAUGCUUUCAGGAGGUCGAAAGCUCUUGUUGAGGCAGAGACAGGUCUGAAAUUGAAGUGGCUUCGGUCUGACAACGGAGGUGAGUAUGAACUGCAUGAGUUCAAGAAAUUUUGUGCUGAGAACGAGGUUCGUAUGGAGAAGACAACGAAGGGGACUCCGCAGCAUAAUGGCGUUGCUGAACGCAUGAACAGAAGACUGAAUGAGCGGGCUAGAUGCAUGAGGUUGAAGAGUGGCUUACCGAAGAUGUUUUGGGCAGAUAAGUGAACACCGCGGCUUUUCUCAUCAACAGAAGUCCAACGAUCUCGUUGGAGAAUGGCAUUCCUGAAGAAAGGUGGACGAGUAAGGAGGUUAAUCUGUCCUAUCUCCGCAUAUUUGGUUGUGUUGCUUAUGUUCAUAUCAGUUCCGUUGACCGAAGCAAGCUAGACGUUAAAUCUGUCAAGUAUACGUUCGUUGGCUAUGGUGGUGAUGACUAUGGAUACAUAUUCUGGGAUGAUCAGAAUAGAAAGAUUAUUCGUAGCCAAGAUGUGGUGUUCAACGAGCAGGUUAUGUACAAGGGCAAAUUGAGUGUUUCUGAUUCCGAGCAAGAUAAUCCAAAGAUCAUUGUGUUAGAUAUCUCUAAUUCGAGUGGGAGCAAUCAAGAUCAGAAUGAAGAGUUGAGCAGUGAUGAGGAUCCAUCAACCCCACCAAGGCAGUGUCCUGUCAGAAACCGGAAAAAGCAUAUAAGAGGUUGCUAUUAUGGGCGUGGUUGAGAGAUGAACAGAAGAAGACUUAAAAGUAUGGAAACUGGAAAAACAACACAGCCUCCUGCCCUCAGCAGGGAAGUGUCAGUCGGUUCCACCAAGCGCAGUAACAACAACAACAAUAAUGAAUUAUUAAACAAUAAUAGUAAUGAUGGUCUUCUUCUUUCCAUAUCAGUUGCAAACUUGCAAUUCUUGGAAAAGAUGCUUCAAAUAUACCGCCCUUGAUGAUUGCAAGGAAUGGUUCAGACACCAAAGACAAAACAGAAAAAUAGAAAAUGAGUUUUUGUUGUUGUAAAUAUGAUAACACCAAAUUUCUACACUUAGAAAUCUUUAUAUGUUUGACACGAUACAAAGAUGGACAUAUACAAUAAUGUGAUUACAGUGUUACAUACUUAGAUAUAGUACACCAAUAAAGAGAUACUGUUGUUUUUCUUUCCGCCAACACUGUUAAACUAAACCAAC